AUGGGCAUCUGGAUUGUUCUUCGCUCACCCGUGCCCAAGACGAGCGCAGUAGUGAACACAGUACUUGUGGCCCUUUGGACUAUAGGAUACGGACUCCUUAUCAACGCAAUCGAGCCAACUAUCUUGAUUCCUUGCACCAAGAGGCGCUGGGGCAAUGAUCGCGGCAUUUUAGUGUGCGGCCUCUACAAAACCUUAUUGGCGGCUGGGGGAACUGGCCUAUUGAGCACUAUUGCCAUGGUGGUGGUUGAUAUCAGUGCUGCUCGUAGGCUCAAACUUGGAGUACGAGGAAGUACGGAGCGAGAAAAGCUUUUGAGUAAAGACGGAGGCGAAACAGAGUAUGCUCCUGUGUGGACUGGUCAGUCUACAACCCCACUGGGACUGGAACCAACAAGAGAUGAGCAAGCUGUGCAUUGA